AUGAAGAAUGAUAGGCUAACAAAUGAUCAGAAUAGUUCAAUACCCAUGGAUUUAAAUAAUGUUGCAAAUUCACAAUCAUCACCAAAUUUUGUAGAAUCAACUGUAAUUCAUCAUAGUCCAAAAUCAAAAUCACAGCUAAAUCUGUCAAGGAAGGAGAAAAAAGCUUGGUAUCAUAAAGGAGUAACUUCAUCAGAUUAUGAAGAAGAUUCUGAAAAUUCCGAAGAUCAUAAUAGUAGUCACAAUAAAAUUACAUGGAGACCGGAAUCUUUAGACUUUGAAUCAAUGGAAAAAACUCCAUCACCUAAAAAGACAUUAGAUUUAAAUCAUCAAAAUUUUUUGAGUUAUGCAUCAACUCCUUUAAAUCAUGCAAUUUCAUUUUUAUCACCAAUGAAUAAAUUAAAUAAUUUACAUUUAGAAUCUGAGAUUAUUGAUGAUAAACAAGAUGAUUAUUUAAGAGAUAAUGAAGAACUGGAUGAUGGCAAAAAUGUAAUCUUUGAAGAGUAUAAUAAAAAUGAUUCAGGAGAUGAAAAUGAUGAAGAAGAAGAAGAAGACGAUGAUGAUGAUGAUGAAUAUUCAUUAGGUAAUAAAACUAUUGCAAAUAAUUCUGAUGAUGAUAAUUCAGACAAUGCUUUUCAAAUAUCACCUCCCAAAUAUAUUAGUAAAAAAAGAAGAAUGAAUCAAGAUACAGAUAUUAGAAUGAGUACCCCCAAUACUAUAUCACAUGAAUCAAAAAUGUCAAUAUGUAAUACUAACAUUUCAUCAACAAAUGAUUCAAGUUUAAAAUUAAGUUUUUCAACAAAUGAUUCAACUCCAUGUCCUCCUCAACCAAAAAGAAAAAAAUUAAAAUUUAAACAAACUUCUACAACAAAUAUUUUAGAUUUAAAUUAUGCCAGAAAAACAUCAUUACAAGAUAUGCCACCUAUUCCAAUACAUCAUGAUCAACCAGAAGAAGAAGAUGAUGAAAAUGAAGAAAAACAAUAUUCAAGUUCUUUUAAUAAAAUAAAUAAUGAAUUAUCAUCAACUCCAAUUUCUCAAUCAACUCCAUCUUCAUCAAGAGCAUCAACUCCACCAUUACCAUCAACACAUCCGGCUAAUGAAACAUCAUCAUUAAAUUCAAUUAAUGGUUAUAAAUUUGUUAAACCAAAACAAAGACUACCGUCAAAUUAUAGAUAUGAAACUCCAAUAAAUGGUAAUAAAUUUGAAUCUUUUAAUUCUGGAAAUAAUAAUAAUAAUAAUGCGAAAUAUAAUCAACUACGAGAUUCUUAUAAUAAACAAGAUUAUCAUAUAAUAGGAGAAAUUCCAAUAACAUCAGCUGGAUUGAUGAAUGAAGAAGAUGAAGAUAUUCAUAUUGGUGAUAAACGUAUUAAUGAUCCAUACAUCACACCAGAAUUGGAUAUCAAUGAUAAUGAGAACGAAGUUAUAAAAUUUGAAUAUUAUAAUAAAUUAAAAUUACCAUUAAUUUCACCAUAUUUUUUCUAUGAAAUUGUUGAAACUAAUAAAUUAUUAGAGAUAAUAAAUCAAACAAAUUUAGAGAAAUUUUAUAAAAUAAUUUUAAACAAUUCCAAUCAAUCAAUGUUAGAAUUGUUAAAACAAGAAAGAAUAAAAUGGCAUCCAGAUAAAUGGAUAGGAAGGUUAAAAAAUGAAAAAUAUGUUACAAUUGAAGUUAUUGAUCAAUUAAGUCAAAUAAUAAAUUCAAUGAUUGAUUCUUUAGAGGAAUAA